CUACAAAUAAACAAAGCAAAAGUAGACUUAGCGUUUUUUUUACUUAUAAAUUUAUAAAUUAUUAUUUAGGACUUUGAAAAAUGUCUAGUUUUAAUUAUAACAAUUUUGUGCCUUACAAAGGCCAAAAUUACAUUAAAUUACGAGCUGCCGUUCUUCAAACUGGGAUGAAGUUUAGAGAUCCGGAGUUUCCCCCAACGGAUGCUUCCUUGUUCUCGUCUUCUAGAAAAAAUGCCGGAAUCGUAUGGAGAAGGGCGCAAGAAAUAAACUCAGAAGCACGUCUGUUUGUAGAUGGGAUAAGUAGUAGAGACAUAAUACAGGGUGAUCUUGGUAACUGCUGGCUUGUUGCUGCUUUCUGUGCAUUAGCAGUACAUAGAAACAACUGGUCCAAAGUGAUUCCAGAUUACAGAGAACAAGAUUUUGACAACAAUCAAACUGGAGUCUUCCAUUUUAGGUUUUGGAGGUUUGGUUAUUGGACAGAUGUCGUCAUUGAUGAUUUUCUACCCACUAGAAAAGGCCAACUUUUGUUCUGCCAUGCCCCUUCUAAAAAUGAGUUCUGGCCUGCUUUAGUUGAGAAAGCCUAUGCCAAACUUUAUGGAUCCUACGAAGCAUUGAAUGGGGGCGAGCUGGCAGAGGCCCUGGAAGAUUUCACCGGGGGCGUGACUGAAAGUUUUGACAUCAACGAAGAACAUUUGAGGACUAGUUUUGAGAGGAAAGCACAGUUCUAUGAGUUUCUCAAUAGUCUCAUGAAGAAUGAUGCUCUCAUUUGUGCUGCUGUACCUGCAUUGACAGAUGCAGAGAUGGAGAAACAGACACCUCUUGGUUUAGUAAAGGGCCAUGCAUACGCUGUUACGGUAAUACAAACGGUACACUUGAAAGGGUAUAACCUGGGCUAUCGUGACCCUCUACCCAUGGUCCGGAUGAGGAACCCUUGGGGGGGCAUUGAGUGGAUGGGGGCUUUUAGUGAUAGGUCUCCUGAGUGGACGAAAAUCAGUGAGGCGGACAAGAGCAAUAUGGGCCUGGUUUUUGCUGAUGAUGGAGAAUUCUGGAUGACGUUCGAUGAUUUCAUAAAGAACUUUGAGAACAUAGCCCUCUGUCACAACAUCAACACAGCACCUGUCCUCUCCAUGGCUAGUGGCUACUAUGAGUACGCUUUCCAUUCUGAGUGGGCCACCCCAGAUCGGACUGGAGGGUGUAUAAAUUUUAAGAAGACCUUUCUUAAUAAUCCUCAGUACGUGUUUGACAUCCCAAAUGGUGGAGAUGAGUUGAUGAUCCACCUCAUCCAGAAGUCAAACAGGAACCCCGGCGAUGAUCGACUCACCAUUGGGUUCACAAUCAUGCAGGUAGAGCUGAAUCGGAAGUUCAGGACUAAUAUAAUCCAGAAGAUCAUUGUCUCCUCAAUCUUUAGAAACAGUAGAAGUAUCUUUCUUAGAUACGCAUUCAACAGAGGCCGAUACAUCAUAAUCCCGUGCAUAUUUGAACCUGGACAAGUUGGUGGCUUCCUACUACGCAUAUACUCGACAUACAACAUCAACGCCAGGGAACUUAUCUAUGAUAGGCCCCAAGAGGGCCCCUUCAAUGUCUUGCCCUGGAAUGCAGCACCCAGAUUGGUCACUCAGGUAAAGGUUAUGAAGGCUAAUGGACUCUUGGCACCAUCAUCAACUGCAACAGAAAUUAACCCGUACUGCGUCAUCAAAUGCGGAAGUAAGAAAGUCAUCAGCAGUACUAAGAACAAAACUUCCAACCCCAUAUGGAAUACCGCCGCUCUUUUCUACAGAAAGCAUGCAGCCAAAGAUCCUAUAUAUAUUGAGGUCUGGAACAAGAACCCAUUCUUUGACAUUCUACUCGGUCGACAAGUGUACAUAGCAGCCGAGGAAAUGAAGAACGAAGUCGUUGAACUUCCACUCAUUAUCAAAAAUAAGGAUGGCUCUGAAGUCUCCAAUGGUUUGCUUGCUUUUACAUUUAUUAUUAUUGUUAUUAUUAUUCUUAUUUAUAAUAAUAAUAAUUAUUUUUUAUUAUUAUUAUCAUUCCAUAUUUUAUUGUUGUUAUAA